AUGGUUCGAAAUCGGCUAUAUCGAGCAGCUGAACAGUCCUAUAAAUCGAAAUCGAAAUCCAAACAAAUCCGAUUGUAUUCCUUCGAUAAAGUUCCGAAGUAUCUUCAAUCGAAUCCAUUCAUCCAUACUGGCUAUCGAUAUGGUUUAGGUAUAAAAGAUUGUUUAAUAAGUUUACUUCAUUUCAAUAACGAGACAAUAAAUAUUUGGUCACAUUUAAUUGGUGCUGUUAUAUUUCUUUACUUUCUUUUUCGUGAUAUUUACAUGGGCACUGCUUUGCCACUACUGAGAUCGACUUCGGAUUAUUAUUUCGUCUUGUUUUACACCGUUUCUGUGAUCAUCUGUAUGAUAUGCUCGGUUCUAUUCCAUCUGUUUGGCUGCAUAUCAUCACGAGCGUUCGCCGAGUUUCUGAAGUUAGAUCUAUGUGGUAUCGGCUUUGGAAUACUAGGCUGUUAUUUAUGUGGACUUCAUCUGGCAUUUGAAUGUUACCGUGACUGGAGAAUCAGAUAUGAAACAUUGAUUAUUUCGAUCAUGUUCAUUGCUGUAAUAUACUAUAUUCAAGGUGUUAAACGAUACAUAACACGAAAUAUUCACGUCACUCUAUUCGUGAUUAUAUCGUUACUGGGAUUUUUACCAGGUUUUCAUUGGUAUUUAUUACAUGGUGGCUGGUCAAACGGAUUUGUCCAGCAUUUUUUCCCGAAAUUAUUCGUUCUCUACGGCAUUCUGGGCAUCGGAACGUUUGCUUAUUUGACUAAGUUUCCUGAACGAUGGUUUCCAGGCUCAUUCGAUUUUUUCUUUGCAAGUCAUCAAAUUUGGCAUAUUUGUGCACUGGGCGCAUUUAUCUGGUGGUAUCAAAACGGUAUUGAACUACUACAGUAUCGUCUUACCAAUCCGUGCAAAAUUGCCGUCAACUGA